UUGACAACUUGAUUGCUGGCCGUUGACCGUUUGGAAGUUAACCAAACCAAGUAACGAACAACAAAACCGAAACUAUUAGGACAAUACCAUCAUUAUCAUCAUCCGAAUUUUUUUUAUUUGCACACAUUACACAUUUAUAGAUUUCCUCCAUAGUCAUAUACCUGUGUAUCUAUAUAUACAGAUUGAGUAUGUAAAUCUGAUUGUUAGUGGCGUCACUCCACAACCCCAUCAAAGAUCCUGUCACUUUCUUUAAGAAAUGGUAUUGAAAAAAGUGAUGGGUAUGAUGAUGGGCUGUCUUGGAAUAAGUUGUUUGAGGAUCACUGAUCAGGCAACAAGGCCAGCACCACCUUCUGAGUGUGAUUCACCAUCUCCGUCAUCAUAUGAUGUCAACGAUACCCAAUCCCGCAAUGAGAAUGGUACAAAAUGUAAACAGUCUUACCCCUGCCCAGAUAUAGAUAGUCGAGCUCCAUCAUCAGAUGAUGUUGAUCAUAAAUCAUCCUCAUCAUCAUCAUUAACAUCAUCAUUGUCAUCAUCAUCAUCCUUGUCAUCAUCAUGUGGUAGAAUCAAACUUAGUGAUGGAAGGUACUUAGCUUAUAAAGAAAGAGGAGUUCCCAAGAGCCAAUCAGAUUUCAGAGUUGUUAUUGUUCACGGAUUUGCUAGCAACAAAGACAUGAACUUUAAUGCUUCACAGAAACUAAUGGAUGAAUUGGGGAUUUACCUUGUACAAUUCGAUAGAGCUGGAUAUGGAGACAGUGAUCCAUAUCCUAAGCGGUCACUCAAGAGUGAAGCAUCAGAUAUUCAAGAACUUGCAGACCAGUUGCAGCUUGGGCCUAAAUUCUAUCUCAUUGGGGUCUCAGUAGGAUCAUAUCCCACAUGGAGUUGUGUCAAGAACUUACCCGAAAGGCUAGCAGGAGUAGCUCUAGUAGUUCCAUUCAUAAACUACAGAUGGCCAUCACUUCCUCGUGAUCUCAUACAAGAUGAUUACCGGAAAAACCUUUCAAAGUUGGCAGUCUGGAUUGCCCGCCACACUCCAGGGUUGCUACACUGGUGGCUGACUCAGAAAAUGUUCCCUUCUUCUUCUGUUCUUGAUAGAAACCCAAAAUUCUUCAGUAGUAAAGACUUGGAAGUCCUGAAAAACACCCCCGGAUACCAGUUGCUUUGUAAGAGUAAGCUGAAAGAAGAACCGAUAUUUCAUAGUCUUAUUAAAGACUUCAUGGUUGCAUUUGGGAAAUGGGAUUUUGACCCGCUGGCUCAAAGCAAUCCUUUUGAACAAAGUCAAAGUCACUUCCACAUCUGGCAAGGUUAUGAAGACAAAGUAGUACCUUGUGAACUACAAAGGUAUGUAUCCUCAAGGUUGCCAUGGAUUCAGUACCAUGAAGUCCCCGAUGGAGGACAUCUGCUCGUGUAUGAUAGUGAUGUUUGUGAAGCCAUUUUGAGGUCUCUUUUACUUGGAGAAGCAGCUCCAUUGUAUAUACCUAAAUUCGAUUCAAACUAGUGAUUCUUAUAGGUCAAAUGAUUGUUUGAUAGAUAUAUCAUAUGUUCGAUAUAGUUUGAUAUUUACAUUCUUCCAUGUAAGACACGGAUUCCGGAGAAGUACAUGUUUGGUUUGUUUUUUGUUUUACUUCAAA